AUGUCCGGCAACACCAUGAGAGGGACGCCCACCCGCAAUCAAGGCAGGGGCAACAUCCCCUUUGCCAACAGUCCUGCUACUGUCUCUGGCAUUCCACGACCGGCCGCCGAGGCGCAGCCCUCCGAAGCCGGCUCCUCGGUCAGCGCCAGUCGUCAGAAGCAGAGCAAGCGUGAUGAGUGGCAGCCGCCGCAGAACCCCAAUCGUGUAAGAAACAAAGUUGCUGACUCGAAUCCGCAUCGGCAGGCGAUCCGCCGAAAGAUUGAGAAUGACCUCUCCAAGAAGAAGAACCUGACGAACCGUGCGCGACACUCCCGCAAGGCCCCCCCGGGCACCGUCAUGGCCCUCAAGCCUAGCCAGGCCCUUCAGAUAAAACCUGGCACGACUGUCUCCGAGGCUGCCCAGCUCAUGGCCGCUAAGCGGGAGGACUGCGUUCUGGUGACUGACGAUGACGAUCGAAUUGCUGGCAUCUUUACCGCUAAAGAUCUGGCUUUUCGCGUUGUCGGCGCCGGCCUUAAGUCGAGCAGCGUCACAAUCGCCGAGAUUAUGACCAAGAACCCUCUCUGUGCCCGAACUGACACCAGCGCCACCGAUGCUCUCGACCUCAUGGUCCGCAAGGGUUUCCGCCACUUGCCCGUCAUGGACGAGAACCAGGAUAUUUCUGGUGUUCUCGAUAUCACAAAGUGCUUCUAUGAUGCCAUGGAGAAGCUCGAGCGCGCCUACUCGUCGUCGAGAAAGCUCUACGAUGCCCUCGAGGGUGUCCACUCUGAACUGGGCACUAACCAACCCCAGCAGAUCAUCCAGUACGUCGAGGCUCUGCGCAGCAAAAUGUCCGGGCCAACUCUGGAAACGGUCCUCAACGGAAUCCCCCCCACAACCGUCAGCGUACGGACAUCUGUCAGGGAGGCUGCUGCGCUCAUGAAGGAAAACCACACCACCGCCGUCCUCGUCCAGGACCAGGGUGCGAUCACCGGCAUCUUUACCAGCAAGGACGUUGUUCUGCGUGUCAUUGCGCCUGGUCUGGACCCCACCAACUGCAGUGUCGUGCGUGUCAUGACUCCCCAUCCCGACUUCGCUCCCAUGGACAUGACAAUCCAGGCUGCUCUCCGCAAGAUGCACGAUGGCCACUACCUCAACCUUCCCGUCAUGAACGAUAGCGGGGAGAUUGUCGGCAUGGUCGACGUCCUCAAGCUUACCUACGCUACGUUGGAGCAGAUCAACUCCAUGUCGACUGGUGACGGCGAGGGCCCCGCUUGGAGCAAGUUCUGGCUGUCCAUUGAGAAUGAGACCGAGUCCAUGAUCUCUGGUGACGGAAGCCAGCACCACAACACAAACCUUGGAUCGCGCAUGAUGACUCCGGAUGUCACCCGUGAUCGCUUAGGAGACAGCGUUGCCCCCGGCGACUCGGCUUCUCAUGUUGGAUCUCAGCACGAUCUAGAAGUACCCCCCGCCGAUGUCCCGUUCCCUUUCAAGUUCAAGGCGCCGUCGAACCGAGUCCAUCGUCUGCAGGUCAUUGCCUCACAAGGCAUUGAGAUCUUUGUUGCUGCCGUCGCUUCAAAAUUGGGCAAUGAGGUGGAGUCCGUCGGUGGCGUGCCAACGGCCGAAGAUGGCAAGCUGGGCAACACUGGCUUUGCCGUGAGCUACAUGGAUGAUGAAGGCGACACCGUCUCCAUCACGACAGACAACGACCUGCUUGAGGCUAUCCUGCUUGCGCGCCAGGGCCAGCGCGACAAGGUUGAGCUUUUUGUACAUGAUCCUGAGAAGCCUCUUGCGACUCCAGCCGCUGUUGAGACGCCGGUACUUGCUACCCCUCCUACAUCGACUGCUCCGGUUGUCCGCGAAAGACGCCGAGCGUAUGAUGAGGAGGAAGAGGAAGAGGAAGAGGAUGAUGAUGAGGAUGGACCUACGCCUGUACGUAGAUCGCGCCGGACGCGCAACGCGGCGGCUCCGGCACAGGAACAGCUCAUUGCCGGCGUUCCCAACGACUUGUUACUCCCCGGCGCUAUUGUGACGCUGGCCGUGGUGAUUGUUGGUGUCUUUACGAUUGCGAGGGCUACCAGCCGCUAA